AUGGUUGAAAUUCUCUUCUUUGAAACGCCUCACAGUUCUGCCCAGCCUCAAGAGGGUUCUUCUGACUAUUCUUUUGAACUAGGAGCUGCAGUUGAUGCUUGGUGGUCUGACAGGUGGUGGGAAGGUGUUGUUGCUGGAUUUGAUGUCACUGAAAGUGGUCAUCUUCAGGUUUACUUCCCUGGCGAGAACAUAUUAUUGGAGAUUCAAAGGAAGAACAUGAGGACUUCAAGAGACUGGGUCGAUGAAAAAUGGGUUGAAGUUAAGGGGAAGAUAGAUAUAAAGUCGUUCAUAAGCUCUAGUUUAAAUGAUGUAUCCAAGUGCAGUAUCAAAGAACCUGACAACUGCAAAAAGCAGAUGGCUCUCAAGCUUGUGUCACCUGAAGACAACAAAAUGGCGUCAACUUGUAAACACUCAGCGGAGAAGCAAGAUACUGAUGUCCUUAAACUGAAAAAGCGACGGUGUAUUGAUUGUAUUGCAGGUAACAAGAACUGAUUUCAGACAAUUCUACAAGUUAUAAUGCUGGCG